AUGUUUCAACCUGUUCAGGGGUUUCUUUGCCCUUGCCAGACGGUUUCUCGAGCUUUUUCUAUAACGCUCUCUCUCUCUCUCUCUCUUUCUUUUCUCUCUCUCUCUCUUUCUCUCUCUCUCUCUCUCUCUCUCUCUCUCUCUCUCUCUCUCUCUCAGAAACUAGAGCUGAGGUGCGAUACUAAGGCAGAGCUGAAGCCCGAUACGAAUGGAGAGCUGAAGCCCAAUACUAAGGCAGAGCUGAAGCCCAAUACUAAGGCAGAGCUGAAGCCCGAUACUAAUGGAGAGCUGAAGCCCAAUACUAAGGCAGAGCUGAAGCCCAAUACUAAGGCAGAGCUGAAGCCCACUAUUAAUGGAGAGCUGAAGCCCGACAACAAGGCAGAGCUGAGGUGCAAUACUAAUGGAGAGCUGAAGCCAGAUACUAAAGCAGAGCUGAGGUGCGAUGCUAAUGGAGAGCUGAAGCCCAGUACUAAGGCAGAGCUGAAGCCCGAUACUAAAGCAGAGCUGAAGCCCGAUACUAAAGCAGAGCUGAAGCCCAAUACUAAGGCAGAGCUGAAGCCCAAUACUAAGGGAGAGCUGAAGCCCGAUACUAAGGGAGAGCUGCAACCCAACACUAAGGGAGAGCUGAAGCCCGACACUAAGGCAGAACUGAGGUGCGACACUAAGGGAGAGCUGAAGCCCGACACCAGGAGAGAGCUGAAGCCUGAUACUAAUGGAGAGCUGAAGCCUGAUACUAAUGGAGAGCUGAAGCCUGAUACUAAUGGAGAGCUGAAGCCUGAUACUAAGGCAGAGCUGAAGACCGAUACUAAUGGAGAGCUGAAGCCCGAUACUAAAGCAGAGCUGAAGCCCAAUACUAAUGGAGAGCUGAAGUCCAAUACUAAGGCAGAGCUGAAGCCCGAUACUAAGGCAGAGCUAACAGAUACUCUGGCCCUAGACAGAAUUCCCGAAGACCAGCCACUUAAAAGUAAAAUAUCUGCCAGUCUGUCGUUCUGUCUGUCUGUCUGUCUGUCUGUCUCUCUCUGUCUCUCUCUCUCUCUCUCUCUCUCUCUCUGUACCUACCUACCAACCUACCUACCUACAUGCCUAUCUAUCUAUCUAUCUAUCUAUCUAUCUAUCUAUCUCUCCCUAUAUAUAUAUAUAUAUAUAUAUUAUCAUCCUGUUAUUAAUGACUUCUUAUAUUCAUCUUAUAUUCUUUUAUUCAACUUAUAUUCUUUUAUUCUUCUUAUAUUCUUUUAUUCUUCUUAUAUUCUUUUAUUCUUCUUAUAUUCUUAUAUUCAUCUGUAUUUCAUUUAUUCUUAUAUUCUUUUCUUUUAUUCUUAUAUUCAUCUUAUAUUAUUUUAUUCUUAUAUUCUUUUUCUUUUGUUUAUUAUAUUCUUUUAUUCUUAUAUUCUUAUAUUCAUUUUAUAUUCUUUUAUUUUCUUAUAUUCUUUUAUUCUUAUAUUCCUAUAUUAUCUAAUAUUAAUUUUAAUUCUUCUUAUAAUCUUUUAUUCUUCUUAUAUUUUCUUAUAUUAUUUUCUUAAUCUUCUUUUAUUUUUUUUAUUCUAUUAUUUUUCUGAUAUUUUUUUAUAUUUUUAUAUUCUUCUUAGAUUCUUUUAUUCUUCUUAUAUUAUUUUAUUCUUCUCAUAUUGUUCUUAUAUCCAUACAUUCUAA